AUGGAUGACAAUGAUACCAGUUCACCAAAACCCUUGACCGCUAAUGCCGACCCACCAAAACCCUCGAACCCAACUCCCUUACAUAUAGUGUAUUCCGUCAACAACAUUCAGCAGAUGAUCCGAACCCUUGACGGGGAAAAGGUCUCCUACUCGUCCUUGGUUAACCUAUUUCAUCUCCACGCUACCGCUUACCGUGUCUUCGAUCACAUGGAUGACACCCCCCAACCCGCUGACAUUGACCCCUCCCUAUCCUCCUGGAAGGAGAUCAAUGCUGUGGUUCUGCAAUGGAUUUACGGCACCUUAUCAGACGAUCUUCUUCUCAAGGUCCUUCAGCCCGGAUCCACGGCCCGUCAGGCUUGGCUCCGACUCGAAAACCAUUUUCUCAAUAAUAAAGAUUCUCGGGCUGCCACUCUUGAAGAAGAUUUCACCAACCUUACCCUUCAAUCCUGCUCUUCCCUUGAAGCUUACUUUCAGCGAUUGAAGGAGAUAGCUGACCAACUGGCAGCUGUUGACUGCCCUGUGCCUAAAAAACGGCUCGUGUUGGAACUGGUCCGUGGGCUACCCCCGGAAAUUGAUAUGACCGGGGCUCUCAUUGUUCAGCGAUUACCUUCCUGGGCCGAUGCAUGUGAUAUGCUUCUGCGGGAACAAAGCCACCAACGUGCUCGUGCCGUUGUCUCUCCUCCCGUCGUGGCUGCUGCCGUGGAUUCCGCACCUCCUGCUCCUCCCCAGUCUGUGUGA